CGCUAUUCAGUAAUGUCUGCCCCCAGCAACAUUAUUAUUAAAUAAGUUGUAAUCUUUAAAGCAACUGAAAACGAUCACAAUGUCAUUAUAUUCAAGCCUUGUAGGUUCCCUUAACAGGCUGCCUUCAACAGUCUGUCUUCUAUCCAGACGCCCUUUUACUACAAAUGGACCUAUUCAGAAAAUUUUGAUCGCCAACAGAGGCGAAAUAGCCUGCAGAGUAAUAAAAACAGCCAGGAGUCUGGGAAUCAAAACAGUCUCUGUGUACAGUGAUGCUGACAAAGAUUCCCUCCAUGUUUCUAUGGCUGAUGAAGCAUACAACAUUGGUCCAGCUGCACCAAGCCAGAGCUACCUUUGUCAGGAUAAGAUCAUGAAUGUGGCAAAACACUCCGGUGCCCAGGCCAUUCAUCCUGGGUAUGGCUUUCUCUCAGAGAAUGUUGAGUUUGCUGAACUGUGUAGCAAUGAAGGAGUCAUCUUUAUUGGACCUCCAUCCACAGCAAUAAGGGAUAUGGGCAUCAAAAGCACAUCAAAGGCGAUAAUGUCAGCAGCAGGAGUGCCUGUUGUACAUGGUUACCAUGGUGACGACCAAUCAGAUUCCAGACUCAAGCAGGAGGCUGCUGCCAUUGGCUAUCCAGUCAUGAUCAAGGCUGUGCGCGGUGGGGGAGGCAAGGGCAUGCGUAUUGCGAUGACUGACUCAGAGUUUGACUCCCAGCUGGAAUCCGCACGGAGAGAAGCAAUGAAGUCAUUCGGAGAUCAGGUCAUGCUGAUUGAGAAGUUUGUGGAGAUGCCCAGACAUGUCGAGGUACAGGUGUUUGGUGAUCACCAUGGCAACUAUGUUUACCUAUUUGAGAGAGACUGCAGUGUGCAAAGAAGGCACCAGAAAAUCAUUGAGGAGGCACCAGCGCCCGGACUGAGUGAGGAGACAAGGAGGGCAAUAGGAGAGGCGGCUGUGAGAGCUGCACAGGCAGUCAACUAUGUGGGAGCUGGCACAGUUGAGUUUAUAAUGGACCGCAAUGAGGAUUUUUUCUUCAUGGAGAUGAACACUAGACUGCAGGUGGAGCACCCAGUCACUGAGAUGGUCACUGGAACCGACCUGGUACAUUGGCAGAUCAAGGUAGCUGCAGGAGAGAAACUACCAAUGCGACAGGAAGAAAUCAAGCUGCACGGCCAUGCGUUUGAGGCUCGGAUCUACGCGGAGGAUCCAAACAACAGCUUCAUGCCCGGGGCUGGACCCCUGCUCCAUCUCUCACCACCCACCACUGACGAGAACACCCGUAUUGACACUGGUGUCAGACAAGGUGAUGAAGUGUCAGUGCACUAUGACCCAAUGAUAGCCAAGCUGAUUGUGUGGUCGGAGGACAGAGACUCAGCAUUGAGGAGGUGCCGAGCAGCUCUCAUGGACUACCAGGUUUUAGGACUGAACACAAACAUCCAGUUUCUGACUGACCUUGCCCAGCAUCGGGAGUUUGCUGCUGGCAAAGUUCACACAGAUUUCAUCCCCCAGCACCAGUCAGAGCUUUUCCCCCAACGGACCACCAGCCAUGCGGCCAUCUGCCAGGCAGUAGUUGCACUUGUCUUGCAGCAAGCUGAACAUAGUCAGCAGCUGGCAGCUAAAACAUUGGAUCCCCAUUCCCCUGUGUGGAUGUGCCACGCUCUGCGGAUCAACCAGAACCCAACCAGGUGGAUCAGCCUCAUGGAUGGGGACAGAGAGUUGAAGAUCCAGAUCGUGACUAACAGAGAUGGGUCCUACACUGUGAUGUUUGAUGACAAGAGCUAUAGUGUGACAGGCCAGCUGGAGAAGCAUGGGGAGAGAACCAGCAUUGUCACCACUAUAGAUGGGGUCAAAACACAGGCCUCCGUUGUACAGUUGGGGAACUCGCUCCACUUGUUCACAGCUGAUGGUCAGCGAGAACUGAGCCUGCCAGUGCCAAAGUUCAUGACCUCGAGUGCAGAUGGUGGAAGCCUUGGAGAUGCUGUAGCCCCGAUGCCUGGGGUCAUAGAGAAGGUCAGCGUGGAGCCAGGCACUGCGGUAGAGAAAGGAGACCCUCUCGUGGUCAUGAUUGCUAUGAAAAUGGAGUACGUAAUUCGUGCCCCUAAGGCUGGUGUUGUGGAGUCAGUGUACUACAAGACCGGGGACACUGUACAGAAGGGUGUAACUCUGGUUCACUUCCAGGAAGAAAGUGGUGACAGUUCAAGCUAGGGUUGGCAAUAACUAUAACAAAAUAUAUCAUACUAACAAUAUGGCCAUGAAGAACAAUCAUUUAUGAAGACAGAAUGAUGACAAUUACUCACCUGGUUUAGAUUGUGUCAAGGAGUGUAGGAUAGUUGUGUGUAAAACAAUGCUCAGGUAUCAUGCCUUUCUUGGAAUAUGAAGAUAUAAGUGAUCUGUGUUGUUUUGUUCAUAUAACCUUUUUUGGAAUAUCUUGGUUUCUGAAGGUUGACAUUGCUCAAAACAGUAUGAAAUUGGCACUGGCACCGGAUUUUCAAACUCAAUCAUUUUUUAAAAAAUCAAAAAAAAUCUUAUAAUUACUCACUA